AUGUUCACUGAUGUUUUUCAUCAUCGUCACAGCUUCAAUCGGCUACGGCCUGGCACAGCGUGGUUUUCGUACAUUGGACUCUGCCUCGACUUGCAUCUGGGCUGCAAAUGUCGCGUGAUCUUUGACUUUAUUCAUGUUUUUGAAAAGAAUUACCGUUUAAAUCAAGCUUUAAUCAAAGAUAAGCGUCUUGAGCGCUUGUCGCUCUUAGCUGCAAGUCAUAAGGACGCACUGACUGAAGAAGGAGUUGAAGAGGUUCUAGAUGAGCUUAAGAGUCAAUUUGAGUACAUUUUAUGCGAUUCACCCGCUGGCAUUGAGUCUGGAGCUCGUCAUGCUAUGUACUUUGCUGAUGACGCUAUUCUUGUGACAAAUCCCGAGAUUUCAAGCUGUCGAGACUCUGACAAAAUGAUUGGCUUUAUUGCGAGCAAGUCAUUGCGUGCAAUCGAAGGUCGAGUUCCUGACAAUCAGCAAUUACUAAUUGAUCGAUACGAUGCUAAUCGUGUUCGAAAUGAAGAUUGUUUGUCUGUCGAUGAUAUUGGAGAGAUGCUGGGGUUACCAGUGUGUGGCGUCAUCCCCGAGAGUCCACACGUGUUGACUUCAUCAAACAUGGGGACGAGUGUAACGGAGCAGAGCUCAGAGGUACAGAAAAGUUUAAAGGCAGUCAGUGGAGAUUAG